ACCAGGGAGAUCUAGAAUACAUGACGGACCAGAGGAUCAUGCUUGGACUGCCAUCAGCUCACUUUACCUCUUAUAGUUAUUUAUUUUUGAAUGUGUUUUGCUCCUGUUACCCUCAGGAGAGACAUCUAACACCUGCUACUGGGAUACAACACCCUUUCUACUGAGAUUCUUCUACUUCCACUCAGUGUAGUUCUGUGUAAUAAUGGACUCUCCUCUGAGAAUUGAAUGAGCAUUAAGUGAUUCAAAGUUUCUGUUUUCCUGCCACUUCGCAGACAGUUUAAUAUAUUGUGGUCUUAUAUAGGCUUAUUCCUCUGCAGGUGCUAUACUAGCAUAGAGACAGAGGCAUACCAUAGCAGCACAGUGAAGUGGAAUGCAUCUUCCCAAAGUGCUGUUCCGGCUGGAAGGCUAAACUCAUGAGUUGAACAAGUUAUUGGAGAGAAGAGGCUGACAGUCGGUCCUGAAGUCUGGAGUCUCACAGCUGGAAGGAGAACCUUUCAAACAGCCCCCCACCCUCCCUCCAUCAUGGCAGAGCCUUCUCCUGGCUGGUGGAAGCUGACUUUCCUGAGGAGAAAGAAGUCCCAGCUCAAGGUCCUGUAUGAGAUCCCUGCAGAGUUUGCCUCUAACACCCCCCCUGCUCAGCAUGGAUCGGCCACAGCGCCCCCCCCCGAGGACAUGCUGCGGGACCCUCAGCUGGACGCCUGGCUGGAGAGGAUCGUGGACAAGACCCCGGCCAGCAAGGGGCGCCACGUCAAGGUGUCUCACUCCGGGAGGUUCAAGGAGAAGAAGAAAGUCCGAGCCACUCUGGCAGAGAACCCGGAGAUGUUUCCAGGAGGGGACCCCACCAGGGACGAAAACCAGAGUUGAUGCAGCCUUAAUUGGGUGAAACUCUGGGCAUUAAUACCUUCUUGGGAUGAUGAAGUUGAAUCAAGACUUCUUGAGACAGAAUGUUCAGGCUUAUCUUUAUUUAGAGAAGUUUGAUGUUUUCCUAUUUACUUCAAUUCCAAACAUUCUGCAUUCUGAGGCCUGCUGUCAGCUUCUGGUGGAUGGGGAUUGCAGGGAUGAUUCAGGACAAUGCACCGCCAUGGAUCUACUACACUGCAGGAAAGCCAGCCAACGGGUUCAUGAGAGACUCUGUACAUGUGCCCUCAACUCACAGACAGCAUCCAGAAAUACACUUUGGAAGGGUUAAGUGCAAUUUACAAGAAAGCAAAGUUUAUCUAAAAAAGACACAAAUAGAUAAACAAAAUGACAAGGUAAACUCACUUAACUUAAAUUAAAUAUAAUCAAUGAAACAAUCUGAUAGUUAAAGUUAUGUACUAUCACUUGUCAUGGUUGAUGAAGUCAUGUUGUUGUGAGUUAUUGAAUCAUCAUUGAACAAGCACUUAAGACACUGGGAUCCUAAUUUGAGCACUAGUUUAAAGUUGUAGUCCACUUCCUGGAUUUAUUUGUCGCGUUUGCAGGUUUACGUAGCCAUGUCUCUCUCUAUAGUUGUACUUUUGUAACAUGUUUUAGAUCUUCUUAAACCUACUGAGACACUUUUGAGACUUGAUUGAUUAUUGAUUUUUCUGUAUUUUUAAACUCACAUUUUAGCUGUUAUUUUUUCAUCCAGGCAGUCCUACACAUGUUGUUGCCGGUGAAGGCCAGGAGAGGGCAGCAUCUCUUCACAUGCAACAGAUCUUUAAAACACUCCUCCAUUAAGGGUUUCUCUCAAGAAGCUUCUUUUCUCUCCUGUUGAUUGUACCUCACAUCCAAUCAGAAGUUAGCCUACAGUCUGUCUUUUUAAAACCACUUACAAAUGCCAGAAGUAAUUUUAGCCUUCAAUGUCAAUGCUCCAACAUUUAGU